CUCUCUCUCUCUGAGAAAGAACAAGGGUUUCUUUCUCUGUCUUUUAAAAAAUUAAAAAAAAAAAUAAACAAAAAUGACAGGGGUAAAAGGAAGAAGUGGAAAACGAAGAGGAAGAGGAAGAUGUGAAAUGACUACCGAAGAAAGUGAUGAUCACUCCCACAAUUAUACUAUCCGUCUCCGUUCUACAGAUAAUCAGAUGCAGGCCGAGCGUGCAUUUUCCAAAAUCCCAAGAACACGUUCCACAACCAUUGGCCUUGGUCACCAUUCUCCGUUGAGAAGUCCUGUUCGAUGCAUCACCAGGAAUCAGACUAACCAACAACAAGCCAAUGCAGCUGUCCACCAUGCUACAACUACUACAGCUGCAUCGAGUCUCUCUGUCACUAGAAACAAGGUGGUAUUUGAGCGAACUAAAUUAGGAGAUUUUCAGACAAACAAUGGUUUUGACAACAUCUCUGCUUCAGCCGGAUCGGCUAAUUGGUCUCCUCCGAUUAGCUAUCAGACCCUUGACCUCGAUAAUCUCACCUCCAAAAUCACUGCACAGUACUGCCAAUCACCACCACCUCCAAAUAUGCAGCAAGAGAAGAGCUUUUGCGUUACGGAGUUUGCCCAAAAGGCCUUGGAUGAAUUAGACGAAGAUCCGGAGGAAGUUGUUUCCAAUGUGGGUCCCGCCUAUGAGUUUGUGAAAGAGAGAUUCAUAGUCAAGAAAGAGGUUGCUCCUUUGCUUAGAGCAGUGUUUGACAAACACGGAGACAUCACAAGCGAAUGCGUUCUGAAAUCUCCCAAAAUCCUCUCGCACCACCUUGAAGAUCUGUGCGAUAUUUAUAUGAAACUGGAGGGGACCACUUUAGGUAAUAUAACACGUAUAGAGCUGGACAACAUGCUCGAACAAGUUGAUGACUUUGAGCGAGUGAAGAUGAACGUUGGAUGGAUUCGUAAGAGGUUGGAGCAUAUUUCUCGGGCAAAGAAGGGUUUUCUAGAAUACAUACAACUUAAACAAGAGGCGAAGAAAGAUGAAGAAGCGAGUGCAAGAGCGGAGAAGAAGGUGGAAUUAUAUACAAGGGAAGUAUGUGAAGUAAAACAAAAGUUAAGUGAAGUAAAACAGAAGUUAAGUGAAGCUGAAGAGGAGGUGGUAGCAAACAAGGCAAAAGCUGAUGAGAGCAAAAGAGUUGUUCUUGACAUCCAUGAUACAAUACUUUCUAUAGUCAACAAGAGUUUGGUGGAUGGCCUUCUCAAUUCAUAAUAUAAAUUCAUUCCUCUAAUCAUCUAAUCUUCAUCAUUUACAAGGAAUUGUUUGUUUUGAUGAUGAUAUAUAUUUUUGCUUAUUUUCUUUUCAAUUGACAAUUUUCAAUGUUGAUUAUGUUUCCAUUGAAUUUUCUUUA